AUGUUGCACUCAAGACAUCUCUGCCGGCAUUUACAUACCGCGGCACGACGAAUUCCAUUAGCUUAUGAACUCCAUCAACCACCUACCAGUAACACUUCAACAAGCCAUAAUGCUACCCCGACCAGUCCAAUUCUCUUCCUGCAUGGGUUUCUAGGCUCGAAACGUGAAAACAGACAUGUUAGCAGGGAAGUAUUUCUGCUUUUACUACUCGCUAAAGAUCUCUCGCGGCCUGUAUAUGCUCUGGAUAUGCGGAAUCACGGCGAAUCCGGUCAUCACCCAAAACACGACUAUAUGGAGAUGGCACUGGAUGUAAAAUACUUCAUUGAAAGACACCAGCUUCGAUCGCCGACUGUUAUUGGGCAUUCCAUGGGCGCCAAAACAGCAUUAACCCUAUCUCUAGAAUCUCCGACCCUAGUUAAGGACGUAGUGGCCAUCGACAAUUGCCCAAUUCGCUUGCCAUUGGAGUCAGACUUUGCUCGGUAUCUGGAAGGAUUGGCGAGAUUGGGAGACGAACAGAUCACGGACUAUUCGCAAGCUGAUAGGAUCUUGACUCAAUAUGAAAAGUCUCCUGCUAUACGGGCUUGGCUUAUUAGCAAUCUUCACAAGAAGUCAGAUACACCUUUUCUCCAACUACGUGUGCCCAUCGAAACUUUGAGCACAGCCAUAAGACCUCUUGGCGAAUUUCCUUAUCAUGUAGAUGAGGAGAGUGAAGCCAUUAGGCAAUUUAAUGGUCGCGUGCUCUUUCUGAGAGCUCUUCAGAGCAAAUUCAUCCCUGACUCAGCACUGCCGCUGAUAAAAGCAUUCUUUCCGUCAUCUGAGAUCGUGGAUUUCGAUUGCGGCCAUUGGAUUGUUCAGGAGAAGCCCGAGGAGUUCCGUAAAAAACUGACAUAUUUACUCGGGCUAUAG